AUGAUGGAGGAGAUAGACCGGUUCCAGGUGCCUUCUGUUCGCGCUGAGAUGCAGCCGCUGGAUCCAACAGCUGCAUCUAUUUCGGACAGAGAUUAUGAUACGAGAGAGGGAGAGACUGUAGCCAUGAACUAUAAGCCGUCCCCACUUCAAGUGAAAUUAGAGAAGCAGAGGGAGCUGGCUCAGAAGGGCUCCCUGAAGAAUGGCAACAUGGGAAGCCCAGUUAAUCAGCAGCCCAAGAAGAACAACGUGAUGGCACGAACAAGGCUCGUCGUUCCCAAUAAGGGCUAUUCGUCAUUAGAUCAGAGUCCAGAUGAAAAGCCACUGGUAGCCCUGGAUACGGACAGUGAUGAUGACUUUGACAUGUCCAGAUAUUCCUCCUCAGGAUACUCAUCAGCUGAGCAGAUCAACCAAGACUUGAACAUCCAGCUGCUAAAGGAUGGGUACCGGUUAGAUGAGAUCCCAGAUGACGAGGACCUCGACCUAAUCCCCCCUAAAUCGGUCAACCCUACCUGCAUGUGUUGCCAAGCCACCUCCUCCACCGCCUGUCACAUCCAGUAGUGAGGCCAGCAGGCUGUGAUCAGUGCUUUCCACUAUAACUGUAAAACUUAACAGCCAUUGCUUCCUCCUAUGGUAGGACGUGCACCUCUUUGUGUUCAUGG